UUGUCAAAACAGCAGUCAAACAAACGAAUAUGGAUUCUUCUGUGGCUGAAGAAUCUGAAAAUUUUGUAGCUUUUAGUAAAAAUGAAUACAGCAAAACAAACUGUAAUACUCCAACGAAUAUCUCACCUAGUGAUAAUAAUAUAGUGCAUAAGUUAUUUAAUAGAGAGAUAUUUGGUAGCACCUCAAAAAAACCAAAUGAGAAGUCAAAAAGAGUAUUUGACAAAAUUCCUCCCCGGUUACGGUUUUGUCUCAUGGACAUAGUACCUAUCCAGUACUUAAGAGAACAUGUAUUUAUGGGCUUCUCACAGUGUGGGCAGUUCCUGCUUAGUUUUACUUAUAGUUGUAACACCCAAGUAUAUUUUCGGGAAAGCUCAAAGUUUACGCUGCAUUUCCUAUCAUGGGUGCCGGGUCGCAUAGUUCGUCCAGUGCACAGUAUUCCUCUUUUCGGCGAUGACUGUGUCGACAGUAAAGUGACCAUAUCAAUGGCACAAUGGAAACACAAUCCUGGAGUCCUUGUGGUGUAUGGUAUCGCAGAUUCCUGCUCUGAACGAUCCUACCUCAGUGUUGUUGGAGUACCACGAUUAGGAUGUAGACAGUGUUCAGCUAUUUCGAGAGAUGAAGAUGAUCUAAAUUGGAGUAAACGCUGUUUGGAACAUAGCUUUGCGAUACACACAAGAUUCUUUUGUACGUCCGAUUCCAGUAUGUACGAACCAGUCGUCCAGCUAGCUUACUCGAACCAAAUUAUAAUUUAUACAGAUUUCAUCCACAUAUUAGAAAUAGAUUUCGUUAAACCAGAUCAAGAUAGAAUUGAAGUGCCAGAGGAAAACAAAUUCUCAUUAGAUAGGGAUGAAUUAAAUUCAAUAUACACUAAUCCAAGUACACCAGCGUCGGACGUAUCCGCCGCCUUCCAGUCGCCUAAAUAUCAGAACAAUGUUGUCCAAAACAUUUUAGCUGACUUUUCAGAUUUUGAAGUCGAACCUUAUCAAAUGUCUAGACCUGUUCAACUGCCAGAUGUUAUGGGACAGGAGUUAUGUAUUCAAGCAUCGUCCAUAUCUCACAACUUAAUGGAAGAGUGGGAAGGCCCUUCCCCAUCUAUUAGAACAUUAAUCAGUCCACCGCUAAGAUCGCCGAGGCGCAGGCCAGCGGAAAGUAUGUCCAGGUUUAACGAAACGCAUAGAAUAAUAGCUGAAAAAACUUACGAAUUUGUAGAAGAAGCGGAAACCAAAUGUGAGAAGCUGAGUAUGUUUAGGAAGCGACGCUUAGCCGAUAAGAAGUAUGAAUUUUCUGAAGAUAAUAAUGAAAACAUCGUUCCUUUUAGAGUGUUAAGGAGUAAUAGGAAAUAUUACACAGGGUCCACCAGUAAAAGUCAAUCGAAGCGGGCGAAAUCUCCGCCCGUGGAGAGCGUAAUUCUUAGAGCUCAUAAUCAGAUCAGUAGACCUCCCUCGCCGACAUCUAGCUUAGAUCUAAAAAAUCCAGGACUAACAUCACUCGAAUCAGAUAGAAAUAGUGAGUCUGAGUACAGAGUCAUGGAGAUGUUGGACGACGGCUCCCUUAAAACUGUAUCGGUGCACGACAACACUUCAAAAACCUUAUCAGACUGUCCGGUUAGCCCUCAAGACCCAUAUUUAGUGCAUUCGGGAAACUCCAAAUGUAGUAAAUUCUUCACGCGGUAUUUUCUAGAAAGUGACGAUGAGAUAACAUCCGUCAUCACUGAUUCGGAAGACGACUGCAUGUCGGGCUACCACGUGGCGCUGCCGCUGAGCGGCGAGGGCGCGGGGCAGGCGCUGCAGGGGCUGUGCGCGGGCGCGUGGGAGCGCGUGCGCGGCGCGCCCGGCCGCGCGCUGCGCGCCACGCAGCGCUCGCUCGACACCGAGCUGCUGUGCAACGAGGUCUGCGGCCGCCUCUGCCGCCUCGGCGGGAAGCACUUCAUCUACUGCUUCGACUGGGGCUGCCACGUCAUCGACGUGUGCCAGUCGAGCGGCUGUCUGUCCGGGCUGUGCGCGAUGUGGCUGUGGGCGAGCGAGGACACGGCGCAGCUGCAGUGCGACGCCUGCAAAGACGCGUCGGCCGGCUGCCUGCAGCACCGCCAGCAGUACGCGGCGCAGUGUCUUUUUGUAUGGGACCUCGUAACCGGAGUUUACAGGACCGAAAGGGUGGCCAUGACGGAGGAUUCCAGCCAAGAAGGCACUAGAGUGUCGGGCGCCGAGCGCGCGCGCGAGCUGGCGCGCCGUCUGGGCGCCGAGAGCGCGCCGGCCGCCGACAACCGCCUGCUCACCACGCUCACCGGUAAAUCGUUAAAAAGACUGACGGAUGUGGAUAACUGCGUAGAGAUCACGAAGAACCAUCCCGACAGUUCCGAAUCGGAGUCGGAGUCGUCGGAGGAGGACAGCGAUUAUGACUGAUUUUGUACCACCUCAUGAACUAUUUUAUUAAUUAAAUCCGUGUACAUACCUAGUAGUCGUCUCUAUCGUUCGAGCCGACCGUUCCGUGGCUACUUCUUGAGUUUUAAAACUUAUGAAGACAAAUUAACGAUGUUAAAUAAAAAAAAAUCACAACUUAGAUAUAUUUGGUAAACUGAAAUGUUACUGUUUUUGUGUACGGAACCACUCGAUAUUGUAAUGUAAAGUUCGUCCGCUGAAAGAAUGCGUGCCCGGUCAUCGGGCACAGUGUUUUUUUUGUCUCAAAAACAAAUUACAACAUAUUUAUAUUGUAAAUGUAUAUAAUGACAUAGUUGGUUAUGAUAUUAUUCGUUAGUAAGACAAAUAAAUAAAAACAAAAUUAUUAUAUUUCAUCAAGUACUCACCGCAUUCUCUCAACGGCCGGACCAGAGCUUCGGUGAACGCACAUAUUAUUUUCAUGCGUAUAGCACUUAAAGUUAACUGAUUAAAAAAUGUAUGUUCCAUUUAAAAUGAAGUAUUAAUAAAUUUAAUAACUUUUAAAAAUGUUACCAUUCAUACUGAGACAAAACAAAUUUUAAUUGUAUCUGUAUUACUAGGAGCUGGUUUACAUCAGGUCGGACUGACUGAUAUUAACCGUCCGGAAUAAUAUGAGAGAUGGUUAUUGGUAGAGAUGUAUUAGCAACAUUCGAAUUAUCGUAUUUGGUAAAACUAUCGGCCACGACUAGCGUUCACUGAUAACCUAUCGGAUCCGAUAUUAUUAGUCCAGAUUUUUGUAUAUUGCCAGCGACAAAAUGUAGAGACGACACGUCACGAGCCGACGCCAUAACUCUCGGUCUGACGUAAUGUGAGCCAACUCCAUUGUUUCUAGUCUACUGCUUUCUAUUUUAUUAUAUAUAUUUAAUAAUGAAGAAUUUUAACAGUUUUUUGUAAAUGAAAAAUUAAUUCACGUGUCAUUGAUAUUAAAAUGUAUUUACUUUAAACUGAACUCUUGUGUCGAAUGUUUAAAACAUAUUUUAUAAAUAUUAAUAAAAACUAUAUAUGUAUCCUCAAGUAAAAUUAUAAUGACAUUUAAGUACAUAUUUCUCACAUAGUUGUCAUAAGUGUAAUAAGGUGAGGACAUUUCAAAAGAAUUGAACAAAUUAUCGCCCUAUUUAUAUGUUUUCAAUGUUUCUCUUUUUAAUUUGCAACAGCGAACAAAUGCACUCGUGGAUAUUAGACGAUCGCUAUGUUAAUCACGAUUAUUGAAGAAUCGAUUAGAAUAUAUUAUGACGAAUUUAUAUUAUUGAACAAAACUAAUAUUAGUCUUGUUAAAUUAACUUGUUUGAUAUGUGAUAUAAAUCUCAUAAUGGAAGGGAAUGAAAUCUAGUAAGGGAAAUGAUCACUGUUUUAGUUUUAUUGGGACAAAAUAAAAAAGCAAGAGUGAUAUUCGGAAUGAGAAUUCCGUAUUUAAAGUUAUCUCUUACCGAUUUGCUUGCAUUCGUCAAACAUUCGGGGCAUACGUUAUUAAGUCA